AUGCAUCACUUGGUUUCCAUCUCCAUUCUCAUUUUGCUCAGUGCAUUGAUUUUGUAUCCAAUCAAAGCAGAAAAAAAUUCUUUCGACUUCAAUCUUGUUCAUCGUGACUCAAAAUUCUCUCCAUUUUAUAACCAAUCGAUGACCGAGUCAGAGCGUUCAAGGGAAUCCUUUAUCCGCUCCCUCAAUCGCCUCAAAUCAUCUAUGUAUAUAGAUGAAAAGUAUAUCGGGUCGUCUGAUUUAACCAAUGACCACGGUGACUAUUUCAUGAUCAUAUAUAUAGGUAAAGGUAAGCCAAAAGUAGGAAAAGAUCCAAAAAAAUGGGAUCCGAAAGAAGGGGCGCCAAUUAAACUACUUGGUUACCCAAGCAUGUCAGAUGACCUUACUUGGGUACGGUGUGGUCCUUGUACCAACUGCAGGGAUGAACAUCAAUCACUUUAUGAUCCAACAGAGUCAAGUACCUAUAAAUCACUUAACUAUCUUUCAAAAAAGUGCAAAUUUAUAAAACAUAGGACUAGUGGGAAUUCAAAUGUCUGCAACUACCAGUAUCAUUCCAACAAUGAUAACUUCGUCGACACCGGUAUCUUCUAUUCCUCUGGAGUGUUGAGCACUGAGAUGUUCUACUUGAAAUCCGCCAAUGGGACAGAAAGAGAAUUCUCUGAUAUAGUGUUUGGAUGCGAUCACACACAUCAAGGUAAUUUCAAACAUGGUAUUCCAGCUGUUGUUGGUCUUGGUCAAGGUUCGAAAUUAUCACUGGUUUAUCAACUGGGAAAAGAAAUUGGUGAGAAAUUCUCCUACUGCUUGGCUAAGAAGUCAACAAGUGAACUUAGUAAGAUUAGAAUCGGAUCAGAUAUUAGUCUCUACAAUAAAACUCUAGAAAAUAGAGCUCAAAUUACUCGCGAUGAUUCAUUCCCCUUCUACUACCUCACUCUUAUAGCCAUUCGCGUUAAUCACAAAGAAAUAAAGAUACCAGGUGAACAAGAACUCAUGAGAGUCGAUAUUCAGUCAGCCGUUACAACAUUCCCUCCGACAAUAUACAAGCAAUUCCUUGAUACGUUUAAAGAAGAAGCUGGCAAUAUAAAGACAUACAAAGAUCCACUAUACGGCACUUGCUUUCUCCAAAGUAAAUGUUCUCGCGGAAUCCCCAAACUCGAAUUUCAUUUCAAGCCAAAGAUUGGAUCUACUGCAAUAUUGAGUUUGCAUCCUAAGCACUUUCUAAUUGAUUUUGGUGACGCCAAAUGCCUGACAAUAGUCCCAAAAGAAGUGCCAAGGGUCUCAAAAGAGGGUUUUGUUUUUGUUUUGGGGAGCAAGGCACAAUUAGACGUUCAGAUGAUAUUUGACCCACCAAGCCAUGUACUCAAAUUUGCUCCAUAUGAAUGUGCAUCAUUUUCGGUAUAA